AUGGCAGACGACAUAGUUUACGAAAGACAAACAACAGUUGACGGGAUUGGAGAUAGGAAUGCUGAGCAUAGGUGUAUAUCAGACACUUGGAUUGGUGUUAUAAACGGGGUAGAAGAUCAACACAUUAUCAAGUUUCAAACCAAAAAACUUGCUCAAAGUAUGUCUGUUAUUGUUCGGGGUGUCAAUCAUCGGAUUCGGGCCAAAAUCCAGGUCUAUUACUCUAUGGGACUGAUUAUUGGGCCGCCAUUGGCUGGCUUUCUUUAUCAGUUGGGCGAAAUAUAUGGUGUGGGCUUUUGUGUGCCGUUUUACGUGUUUGGCAUAAUUGCUAUAUUCUCGUCGGUUAUCAUGCAUUUCACUGUUAAAACCGAACAAUUAUACGUGAAUACUGGAAACGUAACGUUCUUUCAACUGCUUUCAAACGUGGGAAUUGUGAUCAAUGUAUUGAUUACUAUAAAUUCCGGCGCUCUCAUUGGCUUUAACACAACAACACUGGAGUUACACCUCGAAGAUAUUGCCUCACUAUCGCCAUCGAUGGUCGGACUGGUAUUCUUGACAUCCGGUAUAUCUCUCGUUGUAUUCAAUCAUAUUUGGGAACAUUUGGCCGAAAAGAUAUCAAACAAAUUUGUGAUCAGUUUAAUCGGCUGUUUCUCGGCUUUGAUUUGCCUCACAAUUAUAGGCCCAAUACCUAUGAUAAAGAUCAAGCCGCAAUUAUAUUUGGUAAUCAUAGCGCAAGUGUUGCUUGGCCUGGGAAUCAGUGCUAUUCUGGUUGGCACGUUUGCACAGGGCUCUCGGGAGAACAUACAAUAUGACCUCCAAUGGAUAAGUGUAAAUAUCGCGAAUACCCCUUAA